AUGAGCGAAGAGGUGGAGUCUCUAGUAACUUCUUCUCAAUCACAUAGGUCUGAAUUGGUAGAAAAUGUCAAAUCCUUCACUUCUGGUGGCUUUGGUGGGAUUUGUGCAGUGUUAACAGGUCAUCCGUUUGAUUUGAUGAAGGUCAGAUUACAAACCAACCAAGCUUCAUCUACCAUCAACGCCUUCACAUCUAUUGUCAAAACAGAUGGUAUCCGAGGGUUUUAUCGCGGAGUUUCACCACCCUUGUUGGGAGUCACUCCAAUGUUUGCCGUCAGCUUCUGGGGUUAUGAUAUGGGCAAGAAACUUGUGAGCUCUAUCUCCAAUAUUGAUGACCCUGCAAAAAUGACAAUUGCCCAAAUCUCUGCUGCUGGGUUUUUCAGUGCAAUUCCCACCACUGCGAUCGCUGCCCCAUUUGAAAGGGUAAAAGUGGUGCUACAAAUCCAAAACAAAUCAAAUCAAACAUCGAUGGUGGGUGCCGUAAAAUCCAUAUUGGCAACAGGGGGUCUCAGGUCUUUGUUCAAAGGUUCUUUGGCGACCCUCGCUCGUGAUGGACCAGGUAGCGCUUUAUAUUUCGCCACUUAUGAAUAUCUCAAGCAAAAAUUAUCGAAGGAUACAGAAGAUGGGAAAUUAUCGUUGAUGGCAAUCUCUAUUGCCGGUGGGUUUGCCGGUGUGGCAAUGUGGUGUGGUGUCUUCCCGAUUGACACUAUCAAAUCAGUUCAACAAUCAAGCAAUUCUUCGAUAUCAAUAGCCCAAGUAACGAGAAAUAUAUAUGCCAAAGGUGGGGUCAAGGCGUUUUUCCCAGGCAUUGGUCCGGCUUUACUCAGAAGUUUCCCUGCCAAUGCGGCUACGUUUGUCGGUGUCGAAGUGGCCAAGAAGGUUAUGAAUGAUUUAUGA